GGUAGUGGAGCCAUGGUUUCUAAGCUCAGCCAGCUGCAGACGGAGCUCCUGGCUGCCCUGCUCGAGUCCGGCCUGAGCAAGGAGGCUCUGAUUCAGGCCUUGGGGGAGCCAGGGCCCUACCUGAUGGGUGGAGAUGGUCCCCUGGACAAGGGGGAGUCCUGCGGCGGCGGGAGUCGAGGAGACCUGGCCGAGCUGCCCAAUGGCCUGGGGGAGACGCGUGGCUCGGAGGAGGACACGGAUGACGAUGGGGAAGACUUCGCACCACCCAUUCUGAAAGAGUUGGAGAACCUCAGCCCGGAGGAGGCAGCCCACCAGAAAGCCGUGGUGGAGACACUUCUGCAGGAGGACCCAUGGCGCGUGGCGAAGAUGGUCAAGUCCUAUCUGCAACAGCACAACAUCCCGCAGCGGGAGGUGGUCGACACCACCGGUCUCAACCAGUCCCACCUGUCUCAGCACCUCAACAAGGGCACCCCCAUGAAGACGCAGAAGCGGGCUGCUCUGUACACCUGGUACGUCCGCAAGCAGCGAGAGGUGGCUCAGCAAUUCACCCACGCGGGCCAGGGGGGACUGAUUGAAGAGCCCACAGGCGAUGAACUGCCGACCAAAAAGGGACGGAGGAACCGGUUCAAGUGGGGCCCAGCGUCCCAGCAGAUCCUGUUCCAGGCCUACGAGAGGCAGAAGAACCCCAGCAAGGAAGAGCGGGAGACCUUGGUGGAGGAGUGUAAUAGGGCGGAGUGCAUCCAGAGGGGGGUGUCACCGUCUCAGGCACAGGGGCUAGGCUCCAACCUCGUCACGGAGGUGCGUGUGUACAACUGGUUUGCCAACCGGCGCAAGGAGGAAGCCUUCCGGCACAAGCUAGCCAUGGACACAUACAACGGGCCUCCACCGGGGCCAGGCCCGGGCCCUGCACUGCCUGCUCACAGCUCCCCGGGCUUGUCCACAUCCGCCCUCUCCCCCAGUAAGGUCCACGGUGUGCGGUAUGGACAGCCUACAACCAGUGAGGCCGCCACCGAGGUGCCCUCAAGCAGCGGCGGCCCCUUAGUGACAGUGUCUGCGGCCUUACACCAAGUGUCCCCCACGGGCCUGGAGCCCAGCAGCAGCCUGCUGAGCACUGAGGCCAAGCUGGUCUCGGCCACUGGGGGUCCCCUGCCUCCAGUCAGCACCCUGACAGCCCUGCACAGCUUGGAGCAGACAUCUCCAGGUCUCAACCAGCAGCCGCAGAACCUCAUCAUGGCUUCGCUGCCUGGGGUCAUGACCAUUGGGCCUGGGGAGCCCACCUCCCUGGGCCCCACGUUCACGAACACAGGCGCCUCCACCCUGGUCAUUGGUCUGGCCUCCACCCAGGCACAGAGCGUGCCGGUCAUCAACAGUAUGGGCAGCAGCCUGACCACCCUGCAGCCGGUCCAGUUCUCCCAGCCGCUGCACCCCUCCUACCAGCAGCCUCUCAUGCCCCCUGUACAGAGCCACGUGGCCCAGAGCCCCUUCAUGGCCACCAUGGCCCAGCUGCAGAGCCCCCACGCCCUCUACAGCCACAAGCCCGAAGUGGCCCAGUACACCCACACAAGCCUGCUUCCGCAGACCAUGCUGAUCACAGAUACCAACAUCAGUGCCCUUGCCAGCCUCACACCCACCAAGCAGGUCUUCACCUCAGACACAGAGGCCUCCAGUGAGCCUGGGCUUCAUGAACCAUCAUCUCCAGCCACCUCCGUCCACAUCCCCAGCCAGGACCCAUCGAGCAUCCAGCUCCUGCAGCCGGCCCACCGGCUCAGCACCAGUCCCACCGUGUCCUCCAGCAGCCUGGUGUUGUACCAGAGCUCCGACUCCACCAAUGGGCACAGCCACCUGCUGCCAUCCAACCAUGGUGUCAUCGAGACUUUUAUCUCCACCCAGAUGGCCUCUUCCUCCCAGUAA